AUGAUGAACGCCAACGAGAACCUCACGGAAAGUUCUUCUCAUUUAACUAACGUCGUACAAGGUCGUUCCAACCCUAUAAAUUCAGAUAACACUGCGCAAGUUACAUUGGCUACCGAAUCCCAAAGAAAGGGUCAAGGGUGCAAGACAUCAGUCUCAAGGCAGGUAUCUCAUGGGAAAAGCAGCAAACCCUUAAAACCCCAAUUGAAAUGGGACGAGGAAAUCCCCUACCCACGCUUCAAAGCUUCUCGCAAAGAUCGUCGACGCAAAACCAAGUCCAGAAGAGCCCAAGACCUUCAUGGACAGGCAUUACAGAGAGAAGUUGGCGUCUCCUUGCCGCCCAAUUGGGAAACAAAAUAUCCUCAGUACACUUAUAAAGCGGGAGCAUCAUUUAAGCUGUCGCGCACAUCUGUAUUAAAUGCACAGAAUCGGUUGAUGGUUAGGAUUAAAUCUAAGUGUAAAGGACACAUUAUCACGGUUCACCCGCUUGAUUGGGAAGAUUUUCAGGCAAACGAAAAAGAUGGUCACAGAUUGCUCGCACUCGCCAUCAACUUUAUUCAGUAUUGGGAUCAAUUCAUCAAGGAUAAUCCCAACAGUCUGAAGGACAUGAAUCGGAUUUAUGCAAGCUGGGUUGCCUCUUCAUGUGCUGGUGAUCAUCCAGACCUCGCAAAAGUUACUGUGGGAGACCCAAGACUACUAGAUUACUCCGCUAGGCGUCGACAAUUGCAAAGGGGGAGAGAGAAGAAAUGGCAACAUAUGAAGAGAACAAAAGAAAGACAAAAGAGGUUUAAGGAACUAUUCAUGAUUGAGGAUCAAAUUGAAGAACUUACUCUUGGAGUUAGUCGACAUCAGUUUUCCUGA